GCGGCGCGAAGGAGACGUCUGUAGUGUGGGCUGCACGCGAGGCGGGCGCUGCCCGUCUGUUGCCGGGCCGCCAUGGCGGGGGCGCUGGCCCGUAAGGCCGCGGACUAUGUGCGCAGCAAGGAGUUCCGGGACUACCUGAUGAGCACGCACUUUUGGGGGCCAGUAGCCAACUGGGGACUUCCUGUUGCUGCUAUUAAUGACAUGAAGAAAUCUCCAGAAAUCAUUAGUGGCCGAAUGACAUUUGCACUGUGUUGUUACUCCUUGACUUUCAUGAGAUUUGCCUACAAAGUGCAGCCAAGAAACUGGCUUCUCUUUGCAUGCCACUUGACUAAUGAAGUUGCACAACUUAUUCAAGGAGGGCGACUGAUCAAAUACAGGUUGGAGAAAAAGAACUAAAUAUUUAACUUGAACUAAGCCAAGGAAUAUGUUCAUCCUGAAUUACAACCAAGGAAGAUCUGCCAUCUACAGUUGCUGUGACAAAGACGAUGGGGAUAAAACAAAAGCACCUGCUGUGAAUGACCCCAUCAACAAUACUUCUAAUUUUUAUCUUGCCUUUUUAAAAGUACUAUACAGCAAUGGGAAACACUUCAUCUAAUGUUUUGUUGCCUUAUUUGGCCUUAGUAACUACCCUUCUAACAGAGCUUGUUAUUCAAACAACCAGCACUAUUUGAAAACCAAUUUCUUAUUAUGAAAAUAAAAUAGCUUGUGAUGACUUCACAAACUUGUUUUCAAAUUAACCUGAAUAGAGGUCAGUAAAACAGAACUGUAGGUGGUAUUGUUCUAUACAUUAACAUAUUCUUAAAAGCCAUUUAACUUGGGUGCGUUCAUUCCUAGUUUCUUUUUUAACUUGAGCAGUGGCUUGCUAAUCUACAAGAACAAACGUGUAGACAUGCAGGCUGGAAGCAGCCAGCUUUCCCUCUUCUCUUACUGCAUGCCUUGUCUCAGUAAAGAGACAUAACAGUAAUGUAAUUUUUUUAAGUCGCACAUUACUUAAUAAAGAUGGUGAGAAGCAAAAGCAUAGCACUGAAUGAAGGAAGGCAACAAAGUCGGAUACUAUUUUUCAGGUAAUUCUCAUUUGUUUUCCUACUGCUUGAGUUGUUCUAGAUGUAUGUAAUCUUUAUUCAGGCAAAAACUUACUUAACUUGUUUGGAGUCUGGGAUGUGAAGGACACAAGGUGCCUUUCAUUAGUUUUUUUUUGAUGUUGAAGAGUGAUUUUCAUGCAUGACCUGCCUGAAAGUUACAUCGUUGUUAAAGAUGUAGAUGACAAAGAAUGUUUGUGAUGGAUUUUAUUUAGGUGCAGUGUUUUGAACAAUAAAACAUAUUCCAAAUGGCAAUAAACAUCUCAAAAAUCGUGAAAAGUUCUGUUUAUCAUACUGUGAAAUCAGAUCCUAAAAUGAAAUUUUAAGAGGGAGAGUCUGUUCCUGUGAUGGCACAGAGCAAAAACAGACUAGAAAAAUAAAUGGCAUUAUCCAUUGCGUGUAGUGAGUCAAGGCAAAUGACUCCUCUGCAUCCUAUUACCUAAAACUUCCUUUUUCCCUAGGAGAAAGGAGGUGAGGAUUUGACUGAGUACUCCAGUUACAGUGGACAGUGAGUUUAUACUGUUUACUUGGCUGUGUAACAAGCAACAUGUCUUCUGGUUAUCUAUACUGUAAUAAUGGUGGCUAGUACUAAAGGACUUGCCAGCUGUAGUAGGCUAAAAGGCUUGAAUUCUAGGCUAAUAUUGUGUUGUUCCUAAUAGCAUAAUAGCUGAACAAUGUGGCAGGUAUACAAUAAAGAGUCAAAUAGGGCAUGCCCUGCUGCAUGAGUAAAGCAAACACUGUCAACUUGCUAAAGCUACUUGCUUCUUUGAGAAGUUAGUUCAUUAAGCUUCCCCUCCAGUACUGUUGCAUGGUCACAGAAGGUAUUGCCUAUUCCUUGUUUCUUCAUCAUAGAGGAGAAAUGUUAAACUUCUAGAUAAGAGUAGUGAGAUAAAUGCAGGCAAGGCUUGUCUUAACACUUAAUAGUUUGCAUGCACUUGUUUAUGGGGAGAGAGAUUACUUACAGAUGCAACUGAAGUUCAUAGGUGAGUUAUAGUGGCUUUGGCUCUUAGGUGAAGUUUGCAGUAAAUAAAAAAAAAAUCAAAUUCUUACCA